AAAUGUUAAGGCUCAUAAAGUCUUUAAAUCCAUCAAGUCUGCAGUUUUAAACGCUAAUAAAUUGUAAAUAAAUGGAUUUUGGUUCAGAUCAUCUGCUGCCACAUAUUAUGUGCCUUUAAGUUUUUUGUUAUCAAAGCGUUACCGCCCUUUUGCUUUCACUUUCACUUUAGCUAUCAGAGCCACAGCGUAGUUUAUGUUUAAAACUCAGACUAAUUGGGUUGUUAACAGGCACUAAACGGAAUUAAGACCUCUCUCCUUUUAAGGCAAGUGGACCUAUUUUCAGGCCGGUUCCGGUUUUUAAAUACUCUAGGGGUUUACAUGGUACUUUCCGAAAGACACCCUUUAGUAGUGCGUCAUCUUUCCAGCGUGGUUUGUAAUUCCUCUUUAUCUCGUGACUUCGGCGCUACAAGCCAUACCAGUCUGUCAACUACUACCACUGUCCACUCCUCGUCUACCAAACUCCAUGGCUCUCGAAAACCAACAUCAGCUGCAGGUGAUUAACCAGAUACUAGAGUCUCUGAACGGCAACGAGUGCCGGAGACUCCUCUACCUGUGUGAGAGCCCGGACAUGGACAGCAGUGUGGCUUGUAUGAAGGAGAUGCUGCAAUGUAAAGUGAUGAGCCAUGACACGGGAGAUCUUUAUCUGCGAGAGCUGCUGUUGCACCUCAGACGUUUUGAUAUCCUCAGGAAGGUGUGUAAAACCAGCAGGGAUGAGGUGGAGAGGGCUAUGACAUACAGGCAGGUCCUGCCAAGAUUCAGAGUAUUGAUGGCUAAUAUAAGUGAAGAUUUGUGCGAUGAAGAUCUCAACAGUAUGAAGUUCUUGUUAAGCAGCACAUUACCUCGUGAGAAAAUGGAAAAAGCAAAGAGUUUCCUGGAUGUGAUAAUUGAACUUGAGAAGUUGGAUAAAGUUUCCCCUGAAAGAGUCGACUUUGUACAGGAAUGUUUAAUGAAUGUCGACAGGGUUGAUCUAGCCAAAAAAGUGGCUGCUUACAAGGUGUCAGUUGUGACAUCUGAACAACAUUCACCUCAACAGCAAUGGUGCAGAGCUCCUCGCCCAUUUCUGGCUCCACAUAGUUCUCAUCUUCUACAGCAAACAAGACAAGAACAGUCCUCUCACACUGAAAACAUACCAGUGUCUGUAUACAGAGCGCAGAGCUGUCAGAGUCAACUAGAGUUGUACAAAUUUAACACUUAUCCCAGAGGAGUUUGUGUUAUCAUAGACUGCGUGGGUAAUGACGGAGACAUGUUGGAACAAACAUUUAAGGCCCUUCACUUCAACGUAAUCCUCCACAAGUGGCUGAGUGCAGAUGACACCCUUUCAGUUCUUAGAGGGAUCAUCAGACAGAGAGAGAACCUUGAAGGCGAUGGCUUGGUCUGUUGUAUCAUUAGCCGUGGUACGACAAAUCACCUCCUGGGUACAGACUUGUACAACGUAGAUCUGCACCUGGACAACGUCAGACGUCUUUUCACUGCCGACGUGUGCCCCAAGCUGGCUGGUAAGCCCAAAGUCUUCUUCAUCCAGAGAUACAGUGUUCCAGAGUUUCAGCCGUAUGCCAGGAUGGACCACCGAGAUGAAGAUCUGGAGACAGAUGGGUGUGAUAGGCUGCCUAGAUGUGAUUUGAUCCCUAUAGAUGCAGAUGUGUUCUGGAGUCACUGCUGGACAGAUGAACGUCAACUGGAGCAGAGAAACCAUCGCUCCAUUUACCUGAAGGCUCUGACGGAUGCCUUACACAAAGGCCAAAGGAGGAAAACACAUCUUGUAGAUGUUCAUACCGAAGUGAAUGGGGCCAUCUUUGAAUAUAACAAAAGGAAUCCUGGAGCAAUGUACCAGAUCGACCUGAAACACACACUACGGAAAGAGCUUUACUUACAUUAGUCCUCUAGAGGAUUUGUCAUCAUCACUCUCACAAAAGCCCUCAUUACUGUUUAAAUCCAACAUAUCCACAUAUUAAUGUAAUAUAUUCACUGCCAUGCAAGCCAGCCUUUUUUUUAAUGUGAGUAGGGUGACACCUACUGCUUAUAGGAACUCAAAAUACUCAAACCUUUGUUUUUUACAGAUUCAUCAAAAGUUUUUGUACUUUAAUAUGUAUUUAUUUAAUCUUCACUCAAAAUGUUUUUGUUUUUUUACAUGACAGACAUUCAGAUGUAGGGUUUACAUACAACACACCCAGUAAGAGCCUCACAAUAGGAACAUGUCAAGCUAUGCAAGAGAGAAAAAAAACAUUUUAGAGUAAUAUAAAGCACAAGACUUACUGUACAUGUACAUCAUACAUAACUUAUUUUGUUUUUUAAAACAUAAAUGUGAAUACCGUCCUUCUUGCCUAAUACAAUGCAGCUUAAUAUACCUAUAUACAUUUAUAUAUAUUUAUAUAUAGUACAUUAUUGCAUUUAAACAUUUAAUUUAAUUUAGUUUUUUGUUAUGAUUUGUGCAGUUUAUAUAAUGACAAUAAAGCAUUCUGUAACUUGCCAUAUAAAUAGAUAUGUUAUUUAAUAUUAACAUGUAUCUCUGAAGACAUUCUAGGCACAAAUUAUGAAUGUUACUUUGUACUAUCACAAUUUCAUGAAGUCUAAUUUAAAUACAGAUAAGCUAUUUUAUAGUUGUAAAGAAAUUAGUAUGAAUGCUUAAUACCCUCAAUAUGUUUUUAUAAUAAGACUUUACUUACUUCAACUUAUUCAACACAAUUGUAUAUUUAUGAUUUUGCUUUUUUCUUUCCAUUUGUUUAUUGUACUAAUAUUUAUGUUUUCUACAUUACAAUAAAUGUUUGUUCCACUUUGUUUCUCUUAAUAAAUCCAUAUUACUUUCA